AUGUUGGACGCCUUUGAGAUCCUGACUACAUCUGGCAUCGUGCUCUGGCGAAAACAGUAUGCGCCAGUAUCGUCCAGCGUCGUCAACAGCCUGAUCAACGAUGUCUUUAUCGAGCAGCGGGGGCAGAAGAGCAAUGAUGGAGGGAAGAAUCCGCCGUACAGGAAGGAGAAAUACACAUUGCGAUAUACGAGCGCGAAGGAUGUCGGACUGAUCUUCGUGGUGGUGUAUCAGAGCUUGCUUCAUCUGAGUUGGGUUGACGACCUUCUGACGGCCGUGCGAGCAUUGUUCACCAAACAGUAUGCUACAGAGCUGAAGAAGCCGCAUGCGACAACAGUGAACUGUCGAGACUUCGACCAAACGUUCGAUGCGCUCGUGCGAAAGCUGGACACCGGCAGCACUCGACGACCAAGCGAGCCGGAUUCGGACGCCGGACCUGUCGAACUUACGCCUCCUUCGAGUACUGCUUCUGCGGGAGAGGAUGGCGUGGACGACGAAGAUGCGCCUCCACCAAUACCAACAGCGCCCCAGUUCAAGAAGCCGGCGAUACCGCAACGACAGAAGCAGGAGAGUGCAAUUGUGGACGACACAACGAGCACAGACAUUACACCAGUACCAACACCCGACACGUCUCGACCGGGCACACCAUCUACGGCCUCGUCACAUCUGCUGACGGCGAAGGCUGGUCCCGGCAAGGCAUCGAGAAGAGCGCGCAAAGCUAACGCGACAGCUUGGAGUACAUCAGCGCCAGCAUCUUCUGGAGAUGAAGGACCAAUCAGGAAAGCAAAAGGGGGAAAGACGAGCGCGAAGCAGAAGCGAAGGUGGGAUGCGGAUGGUUUUGCGGCAGAUGAUAACGACCCAGUACUGGACUACAGCGCACCGGCUGCGACAAGCGAGCCUGGCGAUGGCGAGCGAGAGCUGGAUGUGAAUGAGGUCAAAGCAGAAAAUAUGGGAAGUAGGACCGGCAAAGGCCAGUUCGUCCUGAAGGACCUCGACGACGAGGUGGAUGCUAUUCUGGCUUCAUCGAAGUCGAGUCAAGCGACAAAGGAGACAUCAGCAGAGUCUUCUGGGUUGUUAGGCUCCGCGACCUCACGAAUAUCAGGCCUCUUCCGCAACGUCGUGGGCGGCAAGACCCUCUCCAAACAGGACCUCCAACAACCCCUCCAGCAAAUGCAAAAUCAUCUCCUCGAAAAGAACGUCGCGCGCGAAGCGGCCGAGCGCCUCUGCACAUCCGUCGAGACCGAUCUCCUUAAUCAAACAACUGCCUCAUUCACUUCCAUCGACGCCACCAUACGCACCAGCAUGGCGAAAGCCCUAACUCGAAUUCUUACACCCACCUCUUCCCUCGACUUGCUCCGCAAUAUCACCAGCACCAUCGAAGGUCCGGCUGCCCGGCCUUAUGUCAUCAGCAUUGUCGGCGUCAAUGGUGUCGGCAAGUCCACGAGCUUGAGCAAGAUUGCCUACUUCCUGCUACAGAACAAAUUCCGCGUGCUGGUUGUGGCAGCCGAUACAUUCCGCAGUGGCGCUGUCGAACAGCUUCGCGUGCACGUGCGAAAUCUCAGCGAGCUUUCGCGCAGAGAAGACGUUGGCACUGUGGAGCUCUUCGAACAAGGGUACGGGAAAGAUGCUGCUACGGUUGCCAGGGAUGCUGUCUCGAAUGCAACUAAUGCUGGGAAGGGAGAGAUGCUUUAUGAUGUGGUGUUGAUCGAUACUGCUGGGCGGAGGCACAAUGAUACGAGGUUGAUGAGCUCGUUGACGAAGUUCGGGCAGCUGGCGAAGCCGGAUAAGAUUUUCAUGGUCGGCGAAGCGUUGGUGGGGACGGAUAGUGUGGCACAGGCGAGGAACUUUGCUAAGGAGUUUGUUGAUACCAAGGGCCAGCUACGGAACAACGGCGUCGGCAUGGAUGGAUUCAUCAUCUCCAAGUGCGAUACUGUGGGCGACAUGGUUGGCACGCUGGUCAGUAUGGUGCAUGCCACGGGUAUACCUGUUGUGUUUCUGGGCGUUGGCCAGCAUUACGGAGACUUGAGAGGGUUGAAUGUUGGUUGGGCUGUGGACAAGCUGAUGAAGUAG